GCUGUGCGGCCGCGGGCUGGACAUGGAGGGGCUCGCGGCGGCCGAAGGCGGCCCGGACGGGGUCCGGCAGCGGCGAGGCGUGGAUGAGGCCGGGAUGCAGCGGCCGAACCACGCAGAGCGCCCUCGGGCCGGGGGCCCGCAGUUGCCGAAGCACUCCUACUGGUUAGAUAUCUGGCUCUUCAUCCUCUUCGACCUCGUAUUGUUUUUCUUCGUGUACCUUUUGCCCUGAUGAUUUGCCUGAUAUCCAAAGUAACAAGUUGGCUUUUGGAAUGGAUUCAGAAAAUGACUACAAACUUCAACAAAGAAGACAGAACAGGAUCGUACAACAGAAGAAUAUCAGACCUCUAAGGGACUUUCAUUUCAUAUAUUGUGUUACUCAUUUUGGGACUAUUUUAAAUGGGUAAUGAUUUCACCCAUCAUUGCUAAAACUAGCAUCUUAAUGUGUUUCCUUUAACAUUUUUAAGGUUGGCAGGAUUUAACAUAAUGCAGCUAAUAUGUUGAAAUAAUAAGGCAAAGUACUUCGAGGUAAACUACUCCAAAGCAAGGAUUUUCAUGGAAGUUAAAAGCUAGGCAGAAAAUGCAGGCCUUAAAUGUAUUGUCUGUUAAGUACCAGUUUAAGUUUUAGAUGUAAGGGGGGCCGUGUUAUUCUGAAAUUGAUACAGUCUUAGAAAGUAUGUAAUAUCCGAUAUUGGAAAUCUAGUGUGCAUGUUCUCAUAACUUGAGAGCUUUUCCUUUAUUCAUAACUUUUAAAUUCUUGAACUCUCUAAAAUAAUAUCUGUAACUUAUUUUUCCAAAGUCGACAUAUUUACUCAUUCGACAUAUAUUUUGAACACUUAACUCUCUGCCAUGGUACAGCAGUGAACAAGAAAAAAAAUGUUUACCUCCCCUGAAACUUACAAAACAUAGAUUUGUUAUAUGUUAAUGAUAUUUACAUUCUAGGAGUGAUUAGCUAAUAUUUAAUGAGAAAGAUCACAUCCCUAAAGUAGCUACUAUAAGCCUUUGAGAAACUAGCCCUAUUUUGUAACAUUCCUUUAUAUGCUGAUAUUAGAAAUGGGUUCUUAUCUUUGAAAUAGGUGACAUUUGACAUGUGCAUUGCCUAAAUAUUUUGGAGCUAUUUCUUUUCCCUUAGAAACGGGGCAUAGAUCCGAUAAACUCUACAUCAUUUACCUUUUAUAAUAGUGUGUAAGGUUACAAUGAAAUCCUAUUAGUUGAUUUUUGGAAGGUUUUGAUUACCUACUGUCAAUUCUAAGGUUAACAGUUAUGCCUUUAGGAUAUUGUUGCAUCUACCAGAAAGACAACCUUUAAUGCAAAGAUUGAAGCUUCUUAGAGAAGCACAGAACUGAGAUUUCAACAAGUGUACUUAACAGAUUAUAUGAACUGUGUUUGUGUUGCUGCUAAUAAUUUUGUCUAAUAAAUGUUAAUUGUAUAGCUUUACUUGGUCUGAUU